GGAGGGCGCGGAUCGGUCUGUGGGGUGCGCAGGCAACGCGCGGUGUCCCCGCGACGGAGCGAGCGGAGCCGGGAGUCCAAGCGGAACGGGAGCUCCGCGGGGACGGGGGCGCGGAGCGGCCCCGGCGGCAUCCGGCUUCCGCUUCCUCCCGCAGCGACACCGCAGCGACACCGCCGGGGCCCGGCUCCGCUCCCUCCGGCACCGCGGCGGUUCCGGCCCUCGCUGUUCGGGCGAUGCUGCCCCCUGCAAACCUCCGGCUAAGGCUCGCUUGCGAACGGCUGCGUUAAAUAGGGCAGUGAAGCUCCUGGGCGUAUCUCUGUAGGUGUGGAAAAAUGGCAAAGAGAAUUGCAGAAAAGGAACUGACUGACCGAAACUGGGACCAGGAGGAUGAAGCUGAAGAGGUGGGAACAUUCUCUGUGGCAAGUGAAGAGGUCCUGAAAAACAGAGCUAUUAAAAAAGCAAAGCGCCGAAAUGUUGGGUCAGAGUCUGAAAGUGGAGGAGCUUUUAAAGGGUUUAAAGGCUUUGUAUUGCCUUCUGGGAAAGGAGGAGGUGGCUUCAGUGGAUUCGGGAAUGGAGCAGGAAUAAAGCCUUUGGAAGGGCUGUCUAAUGGAAGCAGUAGUGUCUCUAGUACUCCUCCUUUCAGCAGUUUGAAGAGCACCUCUGAAACACAAUCAGCAUUUGGAUCCCCAGUGUCAAAUGGUCCCAGUGCUGCCGUGUUUGCUGAGAAGAAGGCUGUCAGCCCAACAGCCAACGGCGGCAGCCAGCCCUGCUCGUCUGGCGGCGCCUUGAGCGCGGCGCACGGCUCUGGCGCCUACCACAAACAGCUGGCUGCUCUCAACUGCUCCGUGCGUGACUGGAUAGUGAAGCACGUUAACACCAACCCCCUGUGCGACCUGACCCCCAUCUUCAGGGACUAUGAGCGCUACUUGGCCAGCAUUGAGCAGCAGCAUGGAGGCAGCAGUGACAGCAGCUCCGAGAACGAAAGCAGCAAGACCCCUGGCCCGCAGGCUGUUCCUGUGUUUGGGAGUUCAAAGCUCCAGCAAGGCUCCACAUUUUUGUUUAACAACAAAACUGAGGAUACCUCAGACAAAAAGCCUGAAGCUUCAUCAGAAAAAAGAGACCCGUUGUUAGGAGCUACAUCAACUGUCUCAUUUAAUUUUGGCAAGAGUGUUGACAGUUCUGUUUUGUGUUCCCUUGGUUCAGGAACAUCUAGUAGUUUCUCAUUUUCUCCUGGGAAUUCAGGUUUGUUUGGAAAAGAUGCAAACCAGGCCAAGUCUGUCACUGCACCAUCCACCAGUUUAUUGGAAGCUCAGACAGACAGUGGCAAUAGUGAUGACAAAGGAGGGGAAGAGGAGGAAGAAGAGCCACCAAAAGUCAUUGUUAAUGAAAUAAAAGAAGAUGAUGCUUUCUACUCAAAGAAGUGCAAACUGUUCUACAAAAAAGAUAAUGAAUUUAAAGAAAAAGGUGUAGGAACAUUACAUUUAAAACCAGCAGGAAACGAAAAAACUCAACUCUUAGUACGAGCAGAUACCAAUUUAGGAAAUAUACUGUUGAAUGUUCUAAUUCCACCUAAGAUGCCAUGUACAAGAACCGGAAAAAACAAUGUUCUUAUAGUUUGUGUUCCUAAUCCACCGAUCGAUGAGAAGAAUCCAGCUGUUCCUGUCACUAUGCUAAUAAGAGUGAAAACAAGUGAGGAUGCAGAUGAGUUGCACAAAAUCUUACUGGAGAAAAAGGAGGCUUAAAUAAGUUGCAGUCCAUAAUUUGAGGAAUUAUUGCCAAACUGCUGCUGCUCUUUUUUAUUUCCGUAACUUCACUUGAACAUUUAAUUCUUUACUCUGAUAUUAAGAACUGUUAUAGGAAUUCUGGAAAAAUGAUGUGAGGAAAAGCUAAACUAGCUAAUAAAAGCUUUAAUAGAACACAAGUGUUGGACUGUGCUCCCUCAUUUUCAGUAUCUAAAUGCAGGACCUCUUCUGGAUAAAGCACAUGGAUGUAAAUCCAAGCAUAUGUUUUUAGCACCAGUCGACCAAAUGGACAGAAAUCUGAGUACAAAAACAUGGUACCAGAGCUUCCUUACAGACUGUAAUACAAUGCAACCACCUCCUGUUUUGAGAAGGGAGGAUGUUCAAGCUUACCUAUUGUAACUGUUUCUAGACUGCAGAUUUUUAAUUGGUCUGUUGUAUUCUGGUGAAACUGACUUUUUAGACUCAGUGACGGUACUGCACCCCACCAGUGAUGAUCUCCAUUGUGCUGGGUCUGUACCCUUGCAGACAGACCUAUGUGCUUUCAGGACUCAAAGACUGCAGAUAUUUAAAAGAGAAUUUGCUUGUAUAGUCUUGUUGACAGUAGUGGUUCCUCCAGAGGAACUGUCAGUUCUGUUCUUACUGUAGGCAACAAGCGAAUGAUGUGCAAUAUAGUACAAGCAGACAACUGGAAGACAGUUUUAUCUUGGACCCACUGGCAUCCCCUGGCUUCUGACAGGUCAGAGGCAAAGGGUUGCACUUCCACGUGGUCCUUCCGAGGUGUUUGUCCUUAGUCCCGAAACCCAGCUGAGGCAGAGCUGGAUGUGCUGCAUUGGUCCUGCUGCUGGUACUUUGCUGAAGAGAGCUCUUCCCACCAACAAACUUCAGGACUUCUAAAGACCUUUCUGUUGCCUGUUGCCCUUGCCAGGAGACACGUGCACAAGGGUGUGUGUCAGUAUGUAUUUUUCCAUGUGAUAAAAAUGCUAUGCUGCACUGCAUUAAGCAGCAGAGUGCAGCUUUGCCAGCAGCUUUCUGUUGCAUGUGGGGAGCAUGGGGUAAUUUGUAAACUUAGUUUUCAGCUGUGAUAAAAGUAACCAGAUGGCAAUAAUUUGGAGAUCAGAACAUUCAUUUUGGUCUUGGUUUUGCUCUCAACUUUGGUGGUUUAAUCCUUUUCUUUUUUUCGAAUGUUUGCUGGAAACUCCUUCCCUAGUAACUUUUUCUACUUUGCUUCCAACUCUGGGACUUCUCCAAGAGCUUGAUGAUAAUAUGAAACUUGAACUGCUCUCAGAUGUGUUGCACUGACCAGCUCUGGCAAGAUGGAACAAACAUGCUUUUUGCCUCUGGCUAAUGUGACACAGAGGAAAACCCCUUUCCUUAAAAAAGGACUUUCUCCUUAAAAAAAGUCAGUGUGACACAAUUCAUACAGGGGACUUGGUAAUCCAGCACAGUGGCAUCCUGUGGGCAGGGAACAAAGAAUAACACCAUUUGAUGAGGUGCAGCACAUCUCACCUGUACCCCUGCUCUGGGGGGAGCAAAUGGCUGCCUCUAGGCCUAAUUCACUGCACAAUUCAGGUUAUGGCCCUUUUCCCCCCCUCUUCAUUAAAAGGAGGAAAAUCAUUAUUUUAUCUAUCACCCUGUUGACCAAAGUUCCAAAAGAAAGGCCUUCACUCACAUUUCAGCCACACAUAGUGUACAAGAAUUGCAUUUUUAACACUGGAGUGUGAAGGGAAAUUAGAUGCCAUUUGAGAUAUUUGAAAAAUAAACUGGUGCCUUUGUGGGUUUCUUUUUGCAUCUGGCUAAGUACUUAAACCAUUGAAAGUCAGUGACAUUGCUUUCCUCAAAAUAAGAUACUUUUUUAAAAAAAAAGUCUUGCUGCUACCUAAAUUGGAGGCCCAAAGCUGACAGGGUGUGUCUAAAUGUGUAUGAAUGAAAAACAGAAUGCUGCCUAAUAGUUUAGUCCAGGCUCUGGUCCAAGGGCUCAGUUAAUUUUGCAUUUGUCUUUUGACUGUAGUGUCUUAACCCUGUCUCUGUACAGAAAGGUUUGUAGACAGAGCUCUGGUUGUACAUUCCAUAAAGAAAAGCUUUGUCUAUAAAAGCUUGGCCUUUUCUUUGCUUACUUCUGAAAGCUCAUGGAUUUGGAACUGUUCCUUCAUCCUUAGGAACGUGGACCAACAAACUGAACUUAACACUUCUUUUCUUAUGCUUCCCUCUAAAGAGGGGCAGUUGUUAAGUUUUGCACACAUGGAUGUGGCCCAAUUCUGACAGUACACCUCUGGCCAAGCAGAGGGCACGAGUGAAUGGAAAAAUAAGUAGAAGAAUAAUAAAUUGUGUUGGAAAGAAUUAAACCUUUCCCUGGCCAUCAUAGCAAGUAACACUUGAAUUCUUCUGUGCACGUAAAGCCAGUCAGUAAUCAGUAAAGCCAGGGGAAGGUAAAAAAUUGGGAUGUCACCUUCAUUAGAAUGUAAAAUAUAUGCAUAAACAUACAAUUUUAAAUAUUUUACAUGGGGAAAAUUGCCUCUGAAAGGACAGGAAAGAAUUUCCCUGCAAAGCAGAUUUUAAUCAACAUCAAUUCAUGGUGACUUUACCAUUAUGUGGACUAUGAAGCAGGAAAAGAUAGUCAUACACUGACAAACUUGGUGCUCAGGUAUAAAGCACAGCCUUUUCCAGCACUUUAGAAAUUUCUGAUGAUGCUUCAGUUUCUAUGUAAGGAAUACUAAGAUACAGAAAUGCUGUAAAAGGCCAGAGAUUGUUAAAUAGAAAUAAAGGCCUUAAAUGAAAAAGCAAAUUUCAUGGAGACCACGGACAUCAGUGUACUAUUGCCUUCAUAACAAACUGGCACAUGCUAUCCAAGGAAAGAAUUUUGAUCAGAAUUCCAACUCAAGGAGGCAUUCCUGUGUCUUGGUUGGUAAUGUAUUUAACAACUGGAUAUCAGAUACCUGAUGUUAAAGAUGCAAGUUUCUGCCCCAAUUUGCGUUAAUGCCUUCGUUGUUCCAGGUGUAUGUAGAUGUUGGAGUGUCUUAUCCAUUCCUCCUCCUCUAAUUUUGAAGUUUCAGCUGGAAAAGAAACAUCUCUGCUUCUUUUAAUUAUCAGAAUAAUUUCUAAGGGAGAUUAUUACAGUUGGCUUGAGUUUUAUUUUAAAAUAGUAAAUUGCAGUAUGCAAGGUUUAAUUUGGGAGGGCAACACUGUGUUCCUCUAAGCCCUUUUGGUUGAUGGAUGUGAAAGUUUAUAUUAAAUUUACAGUUCAAAUGAACAUACUGUAGAACAUAACUGAAGUUCAGCUCCCUUUGCAGCACUGUAACAUUUAAAUUGUCAUUAAAGAUUGACUUUCCGAUGCCUUAACUUAUUUGCAUUUGAUAAAAUUUUGUAGCUGGUGCCUGUGUGCAGAAAUUAACUGACAUUAAACAAUUUAAAGUGGCAUGAGCUAGUCUAAAUCCAAUGAAGAUGCUGAAUGUGAUGAUUUGUUAGUUGUUAGUAGAUUUCAAAAUGCUCUGAAUUUUUCAGUGGAUACUUAAGUUUUACAUAAUGUGUAUGUUAAUGUUUUCAUUAGUUCUGAUACACUGAGGACGUGUACAAAAAUCCAUGGAAAAUGUGAAUAAAUGGAUGGAAGAUUCA